CUCGACAAUGGCGUCGGCCUCACGCCGCCCAUGGGGUUCAACGACUACCAGACGGGCCUCGGCGUCGCGGACCUCGAGGCCGUCGCCGACGCCUUCGAGUCCCUGGGCCUGCGCGCCGCGGGCUACGCGUUCAUCAACAGCGACGCCGGCUGGCAGAGCGGGCGCAACGCCACGAGCGGCGCGCCGACGCCAAACAUGGCGUCGCUCGCCGCGGCGCUCGGCGCCCGGGGCUUCGGCCUCGGCCUCUACAGCGCGCUGAGUUCGGUGCAGUGCGGCGGCGACCCCGGCGGCCUCUACCACGAGGCCGUCGACGCGGCGGCCUACGCGGCGUGGAACGUGUCCUACGUCAAGUACGACAACUGCGCCGAGUACGCCCUCGAGCCCACGGCGCGGGUCCUGCCCAUGCGCCGCGCGCUCAACGCGACGGGCCGGCGCGUCGUCUUCUCGACGGAGCCCUUCGACCUCGCGCCGAAUCUGCGCGCGCACCUGGCGAACCUCUGGCGCACGACGACGGACGUCGCCGCGGACGCGGGCAAGGUCUACGUCAAUAUCGAUUUGAACGACAAGUGGGCCGAGUUCGCGGGGCCGGGCGGCUUCAACGACCCGGACAUGCUCCAGGUCGGCAAGCUCGGGGGCAACGGCGGCGACGACGACGUGUCCAACUUUGUGCUCUGGGCCGUCGCCAAGGCGCCGCUCCUGCUGAGCGUCAACGUCUCGACCCUAGCUCCGCGGCUCCUCGCGCUCGCGAAGAACGCGAAGAUUCUCGCCGUCAACCAGGACGCGCUCGGCGUCCAGGGCCGCAAGGUCGCCGUCGAUGGCGCCGCGACGCUCCUCGACGCCUGGGCCGGGCCCCUCGCGGGCGGCGCCUUCGCCGUCGUCCUGCACAACCGC